AUACAGACAAGUUCACGAGCCUCUCUUCCUCUCUCGUCAAGACAAUGGAUGAUCUACCAUUGAACAAGAUACAGAUCUCAGGUCCAACCUUAGCCGCCAUGAUUCAACGUUUCCUUUCUUCAUCCGGCGACAUAGACGGACUCCUCUUCGGCCGCGUUACUCAAAUCACCACCGCCAAUUUCUCCGACGACACUCCCACUAAUUCCUCCUCCUCCGAAUCCCCCACUAUCGAAGCAAUCGUAACAUCCUUCGUUUCCUUCAACUCAAAUUCCACUUUCUACGACUCCUCAGGUGACAUCUCCGCCGUAUCUCUACAACGUCUUCUUUCUUCAUUCUCCGAUCAAUUAAUCAACCAUUCACUCAUAGGAUGGUUUUCUGGUCGAAGAAAAACCCUAAUUCGUCCUUCUUUACGCGAGUCAUUGGUAACCGCUUCUCUUUCUUCUGAUAUUCAAUUUUCACUUCAAGUUGAGAACUCUUCAAAUUCAUACACAUUUUUUCCCCCUUGCGUGUUCCUUCUUUUUACUACUCCUAUUCAAGAACAAUUAAUCCACACUCAUGAGUAUAGAGCUUACCAAUUUCGAUAUCCAAAUGAUAGUUUUGAGCCGAAGACCCUCGAUGUGGUCAAUAUUGGUCCGGUUUUUCGGGGGCAUUAUAAUUCGUUUAGCCCUAAUUCAUCUUUUCCAGCUAUACAGUGUGAAUUGAAGGGAUUUAGCUCCAUGGCAGAGGAUGGAAAAGUAGAUGGAGAAUGUUUGAAGGAUAUUAAGAAGUUAGGGAAUGACCAGAAAGAACUGGAUAUGUUAGUGGAAGGUUUUGAGAUCAGCCGAUUAGGUAAGUUGAUGGGUCCAGAAGCUGCACAUUACACUGCGGAAAUUGAUCAUCUUUAUGAGAAAAUGUUGGUGAAAUUGGAUGGGUUGGCUAGGCUUGUUGAGAAGAGCUCAAUUAAGGUGUUGGAACAGGAGAAUCUGAAUUCGAAGUUGAGAUUUAAGGUUGCUGGCACGGAGACAGAUUCGAGGUAAGGCAACAAGCAAAUCUGCUGCUCGAUUUUUUGAAGGAUUUCCAGAUUGCAGUGCAAAUAGGCGAUGAAUAUGAUGAUCAUAUAUGCUGCUUGAUUGUUUGACGGAUUUCAAGAUUGUAGUACAAAAUACUUUUAGGUCAAUUUUGCAUCUGUGAGAUGGCUCAAGUAACUGUCAUCUUAUACAUCUAUAGAUAUUGCUCGUUUUAGACUCUAAUUGUUGUGUUCAUAACUA